AUGGACCAUAUCCUGCCCGAUUACCACAUCGCCCGGUCUCUCCUUGAUCACCUGGAAAUUGUCCCGCUGACAAAAAUGUCCAUAAAACGUACUUCCACAGAUAAAGUGGGUGUUUUGCGCACGGACCACGAAUGUGACAGUACCGGUGUACAUCCAUUUUACAUGGUGAUUGAACCCGAUGGUAAAGCUCAUGGAGUAUUAAUCCUGAAUAGCAAUGCUCAAAGCUCAAUGAAUGGAGAAUUUCUUCUGCAGGAAAUAACCACAGCGCCAGGACCAGCAUUGAUUUACCGCACAAUAGGGGGGAACCUCAACCUCUUCUUCUUUCCGGGGCCAACACCUGAGGAAGUAACCCAACAGUAUCUUGAAAUGAUCGGUAAACCAUUCUUGCCUGCAUAUUGGGCGUUUGGAUUCCAAAUUAGCCGUUGGGGCUACCACACUUUCGAUAAUCUAAAGAAGGUGAUUGAGAGAAAUAUCGAAGCUGGUGUACCUUUAGAUGUAGUAGUGUGUGACAUUGACUAUAUGGAUGAAAACAGGGAUUUCACUGUCAGCAGCAAAUACAACGCUUUGCAGAAUUUCAAAGGACUUCCAGAAUAUAUAAGUUCGUUGCGCAGUAGAGGAAUGCGUAGUGUGUUUAUGUUUGACCCUGCGGUUCCAGUGGAUUACGAGCCCUUUAAUAGAUCACUUCAAGCGGUCAACCUUUCAAAAAGGUUUGCCAUCCUGAACAACUUGCUCGGAGCACGAUUCGUAGAAUGGGAACGAAACGAUCAAGUCAUGCGAUCAGCUCAAGACCUUUACCCUUUGGUCGAAGAUACAAAAAUAAUGCUUGGUGUGGUGUGGCCAAACGUGCAUGUAGCGUUUCCUGAUUUUUUGGAUCCACACAAUAACACAACGACUUGGUGGAUCGAUGAAUUCGUAAAAUUCCAUGAAGAGGUGGGCUUAGCAAAUUAG